AGGCUCAAUGGCUAUUACGCAGGCGUCCACAGCCUUAUACCCGUCUCAGGUCACGCACGCGCAGACCAGCCGUAUGAUCCGGUCGAGAAGUGCAGCUCCCCGUGGCUGGAAGAGCAGGAAAUACACGACCGCUUGGUCGAAUACAACCCCUACCGCAGGCCAGGGGAUGCUGGCGCGAGAUCCAGUGAUAUCCAGGAAUGCUUCCUCGAUCAUGCACGGACUGUACGUGUCCCAAGAGUGCACUCGUACCUUGGUGUUCCACAGGAGCAUCCCGAUCAUUUGUACGGCUCAUACGAUGCAUUGGGUCUCAAAGACGACGUCUGUUUCGACAGCGAAGGUCGCCUCGGAGCUUAUGCCUCACCCGCGAACUCGACCUUGUUCGAGCAUGCUUCGCCCUCGCCGUAUGAGACCAAGCGCACUCUGCAAAACCCAGUGGACUGGACCAGUAUUGACUGGGCAGCUGCGCAGAAGAGAUGCUACGAUGACAACUUCGCAAUCGAGGGCACCAAGCAGUCCAAGACCUCGAGUGCCCUAUCCCGUAUAUCUAGGCAGGCAAUCGUGUUACGGACCUGGACAGGAUACGACUAUACACCCCACGCUAUCAUGAACCUCAGGGCACUGCUCAGUGAGAUGUCGCUAGGAUCGGGCGGCGAGUACGACAUCCACCUGCUUGUUCACGUCAAGAACAACUCGGCGCGUUUCUGGGAAUCUGCACAGCUUUAUGACAAGAUACGCGAAGAGAGCGUCCCAGCAGAGUUUUGCGGUCUAGUCACACUCUGGUCUGAGCAACAGAUGGAACUGGUCUACCCUGGACCAUUCUGCAAUAGUACCAACAACAGAGCUGGCACGCCUAUCCAUGGUGUUUACAGGAGUUCCCAUAUGCCUUUGCAGCACUUUGCGCAAACCCAUACACAGUACAAGCAUUUCUGGAACUGGGAGAUGGACAUACGCUAUAUAGGUCACUACUACGAGCUCUUUGACCGCUUGGGACUGUGGGCAAAGUCGCAGCCAAGACGCGGCAUAUGGGAGCGAAGCGCAAAGUACUAUAUCGAAAAACUACAUGGAACCUGGGACCAGUUUUCUAGAAUCGUCGAGAGAGAGAAUCCAACCACCGUCUUUGGCCCUGUGCCCUUUGCUGGAUCGUUAGUGCCUGACUUACAGCAGAGAACCGCGACACUUGGCAACGAGGGUGCAGGUGAUGCCGAUUUGAUAACAUUAGGUCCCUUGUUCGAUCCCAACGAUUCUGGGUGGUUCUUUGCCGAGGACGUCACUGGGUACAAUACAGACUUGCCCAUGCCACCUCUCCGUAAUGCCAUCAUCGCAGCCUCGCGAAUGUCUUCCGAGCUCCUGCACAUUAUGCACAAGGAAACCUUCGAGUACAAACGUACAAUGUGGACCGAAAUGUGGGCACCGAGCAUCGCUUUGCACUACGGAUUGAAGGCGGUCUAUGCGCCACAUCCCGUCUACCAUGACCGAAAGUGGCCAAUCCUGACUGCUAAUAACAUCUUCAACGCUGGCAAAUAUGGUUCCUCCGGAGGAAAUGCCUCGUCUGUUUUUGGGGCGUUCGAGCACAAUCAUCUGGGAGGCACAUGGUAUCAUAACGCGCGAUUUGCUGGGGACAUCUGGAGAGCAUGGCUCGGUCGCGGCAGUCGAGAAAACAAGGCUCGGACAGGACUCGACCGGAUGUGCCUGCGUUCCAUGCUCUUGCACACGGUCAAGCACGAGUAG